AUGCUUCUUAAUCACUUUUUCAAAUCCAACGGGUCCUUCAGCUAUGAAGCACUCCGGGCCGCUGGCUACAGCAAUUACGGUGGUGCAGAUCUUGGGGAAGUGAUAGCAAUAUGUUCCAAAAUCCGGCCUGGAAAUGAAGAAGACUGGGUCCGCGAGUGGCGGAAUGCCGCAGAGCGAGCAGUUUCCAACGCAGACCACUCGAAAACAGCCAAAAACAGUGAAAGUGCCUACCAUGGAUACCUUCGUGCAUCAAAUUACUUCCGAACGGCGGAAUUCUACCGCCGAGAAAAUGUCAAUGAAGAUGAAAUAUCACAGUCUCUCUUUGAAAGCUCCGAAAGUUCGUUUGUCAAGGCGAUGGAGGUUUCGGAGUUUUGCUAUGAGCCGAUUAGUAUUCCUUACGAGGAGACAUCUUUACCAGGAUAUUUUGUACGAUUUGACAGGACAGACAAGCCACUACGCACGAUUAUCUUCAAUGGCGGGUUUGACUCAACGGCGAGCGAGGGAUGGUUUGCAAUUGGGGCAGCGGCUCUGGCUAGGGGGUAUAACUUCCUCGCCUUCGAUGGUCCCGGACAGGGUGCGGCGAUCCGAAGCCAAGGGAUGCACUUUCGACACGAUUGGGAGAAGGUGCUCACGCCUGUUGUGAACUAUGCUAUAUCUCGCCCAGAAAUCAACGCUAAUGGCAUAGUUCUCUUCGGAUGGAGCAUGGGUGGGUACUUAGUGGCUAGGGCGGCUACGCAGGAACAUCGCGCGGCUGCGAUCGUGCUCGAUGAUGGCGUGUAUGAUUUUGGUUCUGCAUUUCGAAAUGCGCAGCCACUUCUCGUCCAGAAGCUCGUGGAGCGGAAAUAUGACGCUGUGCCCAAUUUGCUAUUUGAGUUCGUGUCUUCCUUCUCGACGGGGACUCGUUGGGCUUUGCGUAAUGGCAAAUGGACCUUUGGUGUGGACUCAGCCGCAGAGCUUAGCCGUGCAACCAGCAAAUAUACGUUGGAAGGGAUCAGUCAUGAUAUCGUGACGCCGUGUCUUAUUGUUGACGCGGAAAACGACCACUUUCUAAAGGGCCAACCGGAAUUGCUGAGAAGGAAUUUAAGCUGUGAAUGUGAACUUGUUAGUCUGGGGGCUGAAGAGGGCGGAGACACGCAUUGCCACCAAGGGGCCUUCUUUCGCCUGCAUCAGGUGGUAUUUGAUUUUUUGGAGUCCCGGCUACAUCCGGAAAGGAAAGUCUAG